CUAACCCCGUUGUGCCCCCGCAGGUGCCAUGGCGUCGUUCCGGAUCCGGCUGUUCCGGGAGCAGGACUCGGAGGCAGUUCGGGCUCUGUUCGCCCGGGGGAUCCUGGAGCACGCCCCGGCGGGGUUCCGGCACGUGCUGCGCUCGGCGCGGGUGCGGCUGGCGCUGCUCGUGCUGUUCGUGGGCGCGCGGGCGGGCGGCGGCUCCUGGGUGCUGGGCCUGGGCGCCGUGGGGCUGGCGCUGGUGCUGCUCUGGCUGCUCGUGCGCUCGCUCAGCGCCGACUACGUGCGGGACGCGCUGGGCACCGACCUGUGCGACAUCCCCGGCACGUACCUGCGGGCGCCCGACUGCGGCUUCUGGGUGGCCGAGGUGGGGGGCUCGGUGGCGGGCAUGGUGGCGGCGGUGCCCUCGCGGGAGUCGCCCGGGGCGCUGGAGCUGCGGCGGAUGUCGGUGAGCCGGGAGCAGCGCGGGCGCGGGCUGGCGCGGGCGCUGUGCCGGGAGGUGCUGGGCUUCGCCCGCGCCCGCGGCUUCGGCGCUGUGGUGCUCAGCACCUCCAUGGUGCAGGUGGCGGCCCAGCGGCUCUACGAGGGGCAGGGGUUCCGCAGGGUGGGCGCCUCCAGCCCCUCCCUGCUGGGCACCCUCCUGCACUUCCAGAUCUUCCACUACCGCUGCGACCUGGGCGCCCGCGAUGGUGCCAAGGACGAGUAGCCGUGGCACGGGGGUCCUGGGACACGUGGCACUGCCGUGGCACCCCAAACCCGGCAUGCGAGGCGCUCCCUGGGACACGAGGCACUGCCCUGGCACCCCAACUCCAGCCCUGGCACGGCAGCACCGACGUGGCACCAAGACCCCGGCACGUGUGGCGCUGCUGUGGCACCCAAAGUCCAGCCCCAGCACGUGAGGCACAGCCGUGGCACCCGAGCCCGGGACGUGGGGCUCCACCGCAGCACUACCAGAGCACCCCAAACCUGGCACACGAGGCACUUCCACGGCACCCCAAAUCUGGCACACGAGGUGCUGCCACGGCACCCCAGCUCUGGGACGUGAAGCUCCACCACGGCACCGCCACGGCACCCCAAACUCAGGACAGAAGGCACUGCCACGGCACCCCAACUCCAGCCCCAGCACAGCAGCACCAACACGUGCCCCCAGGACGUGAGGCACUGCCACGGCACCCCGACCCUGGCCCCUGUGGCACUGCCAGGGCACCCAAACCCAGCCCCAGCAUGUGAAGUGCUGCCACGGCACCCCAGCUCCGGGACGUGAGGCACCACCGCGGCACUCCAGGCUCGGCACACAAAGCACUGCCAUAGCACCCCAACCCUGGCACUGCCGUGGCACUGCCGUGGCACCCGAACUGCAGCCCCAGCACGGUAGCACUGACUGUACCGUCCCUGUGACCCCGGCACAGGAGGCACCGCCGGGCACCCGAACCCCAGCCCUGGCACCAGAGACACUGCCACAGCACCCCAGCCCUGGCACCCUUGGCACGGCUCCGGCACCCCUGACCCCAACCUUGGCACUCCAGACCCCGGCCCUGGCACACAGGGCACUGCCCUGGCACCCUGCCCCGGCCCUGGCACACGCGUGUGGGGUGGCUGGGGGGCGUUGGCGGUGCCCAGACGUGCUGCCAGGGCCUUUCCCGGAUUUCCAGCAGUGGGAAAUAAAGAGAGACCGGUGGGAACA